CUCCUGUCUUAACGUCGCUCCGCGCUUUUCCUCUCUCCUUCUCUCUCUCUCUAGAUCGACCAUGGAGCGAUCCGAGCCUUUUCAUUCGGCCAUGGCGGGGAGCAACAGCGACGUGGAAGAUACGGAGGACGAGGGCAUCGCCUCGACGCUGUCUGUGAGCAAUUUACGUAGGGCGAAUUCUGUGCAUGGCAAGUUGAGAACCGCUGAAAUAUCAGAGGCUUUGAAAAGAUCACAAUCCGAGGGACGAAGACAAGUAACUGCUGAUCCAGCAACACAGCUUCUUGAUGAUAAGGCUUCUGUGAAGAAGCAGCUCAAAAUGUUAAGUCAAGUAGCCACUGUAAAAGAUGAUGGAAGUGUAGUUGUUGAAGUUCCAAGCAGUGCUGAACCUGAGGCACAUGAUUUGGGGUUAGAGGAUGCUCAUGGUGAAGCAGUUGAUGAGGAACUAGUAGAAUCAGCUGACAUUCAGUCUUUACCUCCUCUUCAGAUAGUUAUUCUUAUCGUGGGUACACGAGGAGAUGUGCAGCCAUUUGUUUCCAUUGGAAAACGUCUACAGGAUUAUGGGCAUCGUGUUAGAUUAGCAACGCAUGGUAAUUUCAAAGAUUUUGUCUUGACUGCUGGACUGGAGUUUUACCCCUUAGGGGGUGACCCAAAGGUUCUUGCUGAAUACAUGGUCAAGAAUAAAGGUUUCUUACCAUCUUCUCCUUCAGAGAUUCCUAUUCAACGAAAGCAAAUCAAAGAAAUCAUUUAUUCAUUGCUCCCAGCUUGUAAGGACCCAGAUGUUGAUUCUGGUAUUCCUUUCAAAGCAGAUGCCAUAAUUGCCAAUCCUCCAGCAUAUGGACAUACGCAUGUAGCAGAGGCGCUAAAAGUACCGAUUCACAUAUUCUUCACAAUGCCAUGGACCCCAACAAGUGAAUUUCCACAUCCUCUUUCUCGCGUCAAGCAACCUGCUGGUUAUAGAAUUUCUUACCAGAUUGUUGACUCUAUGAUUUGGCUUGGAAUACGAGAUAUGAUAAAUGAUUUCAGGAAAAGAAAGCUGAAGUUGCGGCCCAUCACAUUUUUAAGUGGUACCCAGGGGAGACAUGAUACUGCUUCUGAUGUGCCACAUGGAUAUAUCUGGAGCCCACACCUUGUCCCUAAACCAAAAGACUGGGGACCAAAAGUUGAUGUGGUUGGGUUCUGCUUUCUUGACCUUGCAUCAAACUAUGAACCCCCAGAAUCACUUUUGAAAUGGAUUGAAGCUGGAGGAAAGCCAAUUUAUGUUGGAUUUGGUAGCCUUCCUGUUCAAGAACCAGAAAAAAUGACAGAAAUUAUUGUUGAGGCUUUGGAAAUCACCGGACAGAGAGGCAUCAUUAACAGGGGCUGGGGUGGACUUGGGAACUUGGCAGAACCAAAGGAACAUGUAUAUCUGUUGGAUAAUGUUCCUCAUGACUGGCUAUUUUUACAAUGCAAAGCAGUGGUGCAUCAUGGUGGUGCCGGAACAACUGCUGCUGGCCUUAAAGCUGCAUGUCCAACUACAGUUGUACCCUUCUUUGGAGAUCAACCUUUUUGGGGUGAUCGGGUGCAUGCUAGAGGAGUAGGGCCGCCUCCUAUACCUGUUGGUCAGUUUACGCUGUCAAGGCUUGUUGAUGCAAUAAAAUUCAUGCUGGAUGAAAAGGUGAAGGAACGUGCUGUUGAACUGGCCAAGGCCAUGGAAUCAGAGGAUGGCGUAACAGAAGCAGUAAAAGCUUUCUUCAAACAUUUCCCUUCGAAAUUGCCGCACACACCACCUUCACCAGUGCCUUCUGGUUUCUUUGGUUCCUGUUUCAACCCUGUAAAGGGAUGCUUGGGCAAUUCCUGAUUCUCAUAUGUAAAUUUUCUAUGAAAGCUUUCAGGUUGAAAAUCCAGAGUUUCCAUCAUGUGUUUUCACACAUUCUAGAAGAUUGGUUUUGUGAUUCUUUGUAUUCAUUGUUCUUUAAAUAUUUAAUCUUCGGAUUGA